AUGAGAUCGACGCAGUGGGCGAGGCAACGUGGGGCUGGGCUCGGUGGUGGGAACGAUGAGAGGGAGCAGACCAUUAACCAGCUAUUGACAGAGAUGGAUGGUUUCUCCGACAACAAUGGCGUAAUCGUGCUUGCUACUACCAACAGGCCUGAUGUUCUUGAUGCAGCUUUGCUAAGGCCCGGCAAAGGAUACCCUUUGAAGACUUGGGUCAACCUACCAUCAAUUGAAAGUGCUGCUGCUUCUGCUGCUGUUGCAGAUCAACAUAAGGAUGUUAUUCAGACCUUGUGGAUUCAGUUCUGCCCCCCAGUUCCUGCUGCAACUUCAAGGCUGCAUAUCUCCAUAUUCCUCCAUCGAAAUCUGCUGGGUUUUGGAGCAUAG